AUGAGCAGCGAGGACACGGUGUCCGUCACUGUGGGCGUCCUCGCCCUGCAGGGUGCAUUCCACGAGCACAUUUCCCGCUUUUCCUCGUUAAAUGCGUCCGCCAAGGGAUUCCAUGUGCGUCCUAUCACCGUUCGUCGUCCGGAUCAGUUGGCUCAGUGCCACGCCCUUGUCAUCCCAGGUGGAGAGUCGACAGCGAUCGCUCUCGGCCUGCGCAAUGCUGGACUCACUGAGCCUGUGCGGGACUGGAUACGCCAAGGACGCCCUGUGUGGGGCACGUGCGCCGGUAUGAUUUUGCUCGCUUCGAUCGCGACAGGCGGUAAGCGUGGUGGUCAAGAGCUGCUAGGUGGUAUGGAUGUACAAGUGGGACGCAAUGGAUUCGGAUCACAGGUGUACUCCUUCGAGUGCGACUUGCUGUGCCCAGCCAUCGGUGACAAGCUGUUCCCCGGCGUCUUCAUCCGAGCUCCUAUCGUCGAACGCUUGCUAAAGGAUGCCGCUGUGGAUGAUGCGCUGCAUGUACCCCAGGGCGUGAUGGUGUCUUAUUGCACUCCUGACAUGCGUGGAUCAAACCCCCACCCCGUCGAACCGAUUGCCUGGCUCCCAGCCUCUGAGCCUCACGAUGCCUCCGACUCAAAAAAUGCCGCCUCUCACGUGGUGGCACUUCGCCAAGGCCAUCUCUUUGCUACCAGUUUCCACCCUGAACUCACGACAGACACACGUCUGCAUAGCUAUUUUGUGCGCGAGAUUGUGAUCCCAUCGCGGUCGUAG